AUGUUAGUCAACUCCGCGUUUAGCGACAGGGGAGGGCAGGGAAGGAGGCCUGAGGCAAGGAAUCAAGACAUCCUGAAACAUGGCAGGCAACAACAACAACAAGAUAUACACUUCACCGUUCAUAAUAGCAAUCAUUUCAAUUGGGAGACUGAAUUCAUGGAUCUGGAAGGCCAGAGUUCCAACUUUGUGCUAACACGAGCCUCAACCUCAGUCACCAACGCGGAAGUCCUCUUCCCGAGACAGAUCGACCUUCGCGUCAUUACUGGAAAAGCUGGCAAGGGCUUUCACUAUGCGGCCUUAAUGGCCCGAGAUACCAGUAGCCCGGACAUCAAUGUCCAAGACAUAGGCUACAAAAUUCUGGCCCAAGGACCACCCGAAUCUAGUCGCAGGGCAAGCGUAAUGAAACUGCUGGACGAUGUCGAGAAACCAACACUACCUGCAUCUAUACUGUACGAAUCACGAAAUAGAGCGAUAUGUUUUGCGUGUCAGAAUAAUGGUCUGAAGUCUGACUGCCCCGAAGUUUCUAGUUUGGUCGAUUUUAUGAAGAACGCCUGUAUCAAGGCAACGAGCGGGAAGUAUACUGAAGAUAUCGGGUCGAAAUCAGGCCAGAAUCCAGAUUUCAAACCAUUCUUUCUAGCGUGA